AUGUCAGCCGCAGGAAAAAUUAUUCAUCGUUAUUUUCAUCAAUUAAUUCAUGGUUGUGGAAAUGCUCAAUGUUCAAACAUUCAUUGUCGAUCAAGUUCAUCAUUUAAAUACGAUACAACAAUUUUAGACGAUCGCAAUAAAGUAGCUGCUGAGGCUAUUCGACUUAGUUUGGAACAUGUACUAUUAUGUGUGGAUGAAAAUAUGAUAAAAUUACAUGAAGAAAAAAUUAAAAUAAAUAAUUUGUCAGAAAAUAGUCUUCAAGAAUUGAUUAAUUAUUGUAAAAACAUAAAUAAUUGGAAUUUAUUAAAUAAAUCAAUAGAAGAUAUUUUUUCAAAUCGAUUAAAUUUAUUAAAUAAUUUUCUAAAAGAAGAUUUUUCAAAUAAUAUUUUAAUGAAUAAAGAAUUUUUAUCAACAGCAAGUGCUACACCAAAAAGUUUUUUCGUACAUGAUCCUCGAAUAACACUUGAUAAUGAUGAAAUAACAUUAGAUAUUGAUGCUAUGAAACGUUCAAUAAAAUUAUUAUGUUCUUAUGAAGAUCAUAUUUCUUUAACAAUUCAUAAAUCAUUAGAUAUAUUAUUAAAUCAAUUACAAUAUGAACUAAAAUCCAAACAACAUGAACUUGAAAGUGAUGCAAAUUUUUUUAAUUUAUUCUUUAUUAUAUUUCAAUUACCAUAUCUUUCUGAUCCAUGUUUUCUUUUUGAUAUUGCUCGUUUAUUUUACUCAAUUUUAACUAAUUUAUCUAUUGAUGCACAAGCAAAAUUUGUACGUCUUGUAUCAAAAUAUACAAACAAUUUAAAUGAUUAUAUUUCGCAUGUACAACAAUAUAUAACUCUGCACGCAUUACGUUGGUGCAGUCAUGUACAAAUUGAAUCUGACAAUGACGAAUUUCUAUCUAGUGAACCAGGAAUGAAAGAAGGAGUCAAUGCAUUACGUCUACUUUUCUAUGCUAAUCUUCUUAGUAGUCAACGUGAUUCAUUAGAAAUCAUAGAAACUGAACGUAAAAAUAAUGAAAAAAUGGAAAAUGAAUUAGUUAAACGUCGUCAACGGUAUAAUGAUGAUGCUAGUGAUAACGAAGGACAGCGUGAAAACGAACAAAAACUACCCAAUGAUGAAAAUAAUUCUGAAGUUUCGACAUCUACAGCAGCAGCAACAAAAAAAGCAACAACAACACGUAAAUCAACCAAUCAAGUAGAUGAAAUCGAAUCACCAUAUGAGAAUCCUUUACAAAUAAAACUUGGUCUUAAAUCAAAUGAAUAUCGGCAUGGUCAAUAUCCAUUUGAUGUAUUUAUUAAUGAAUGUGCUAAUGAAAAAAUUGAGAUUAGAAAAGAAUAUUUAAAUUUUAUUCAACAACCAACUAAUUUUAUUCAAUUUUCAUUUAUUUUCUAUCCAUUUUUUUUAUCAACGAUAAAUAAAAUUGCAUUACUUAAUAUUGAAAGUAAAGCACGAAUGUAUCUUCAACGACGUUCAAUAUUUGUUCAUAAUAUAUUUAGUUCAAUUCGUUUAAAUCCAUUUUUUAAAAUACAUGUUCGACGUAAUCAUUUAAUUGAAGAUGCUCUUAUUUCGCUCGAAUAUCAAGGUAUUGAACAUCCUGAGGAACUUAAAAAACAAUUCUUUGUCGAAUUUGAAGGCGAACAAGGUCAUGAUGAAGGUGGAUUAUCAAAAGAAUUUUUUCAACUUAUUACUGAACAAAUUUUUAGUCCAGAAUACGGUAUGUUUAUGGCAAAUGAAGAAACACGUUGUUUAUGGUUUAAUCCAUCAGCAGCUGAAGAUCUCGAUCGUGAAUAUACAUUAAUAGGCAUGUUAUUAGGUUUAGCUAUAUAUAAUUCAAUUAUUCUUGAUAUUAAAUUUCCACUUGUUAUUUAUCGUAAAUUAAUUGGGAAAAUUGGUACUUUUGAAGAUCUCGAAGCAUCACAUCCGACCAUAUAUAGAAGUUUAAAAAGUCUUUUAACAUUUGAUGAACAAAAUGAAGGUAUCACUGUUGAAGAUGCAUUUGGUUUAACAUUUCAAGUUGCUAUUACUGAUGCAAUUGAUUCACCAGUAUUAUUUGAUUUGAAAGAAAAUGGAAAUACAAUUCCGGUAACAAAUGCUAAUCGAGAGGAAUUUGUACGUCUUUACAGUGAUCUUUUGUUAAACAAAAGUAUUGAAAAACAAUUUGAUCCUUUUUUUCAUGGAUUUUUAUUGGUAACACGUGAUAGUUCAUUAAGAAAAUUAUUUCGCGCAGAUGAAAUUGAUUUACUUGUCGCUGGUAGUCAAGUACUUGAUUUUAAUCAACUUGCUUCAGCUGCUGAUUAUGAUGGUGGUUAUACAAAAGAUAGUCCAACAAUUAGAAAUUUUUGGUCUGUCUUAAUGACAUUUACUGAUGAAAAAAAACGAAAAUUUUUACAAUUUACUACUGGUAGCGAUCGUGCUCCUAUUGGUGGUUUAGCUAGAUUAAAAUUAAUUAUAUCUCGUAAUGGUCCGGACUCUGAUCGUUUACCAACAGCACACACAUGUUUCAAUGCCCUUCUACUUCCUGAUUACUCAUCAAUUGAAAAAUUGCAAGAAAAACUUUCUAUAGCAAUUGAUAAUGCUGCAGGAUUUGGAUUACGCUAA